AUGAAUUGUACACGUGAAAAUAAUGCACUAAUUCUUGCGUGUUUACGUAAUUCUUCAAUUGAAGAUUUGCAUGCGGCCUACGGUCUUCGUCUGGGAAAACCAAUUAUUGAUGGAUAUUUUUUCCCUUAUCAUCCUCUUUUAGCAAUAAAAAAUGGUUUGUACAAUCCAAACAUUACAAUGAUUAUAGGGAACAAUGAACAAGAACCUUUAACGUGUCUUGAAAAUCCAGAUAUGAAUUCAACUGGGGCCAUUUCAGUGCUAAGUCAAACAAUACCACCACAGUGGUUACCAUCGGCCAUCAAUAAUUAUCAGCUAAAUAGUUGUUCUUCGAAUAGAAAUGCUAGGAAUCGUUGCUGUGAUGUUGUAAGCUUAUCAAUAAUAGAUAAAUUUUUUGAUUGUAAUGUUCAACGAAUAUACAAUAAUUUAUAUAUGAAAUAUCAACAAUCGCACAAGCUAUAUUGGUAUCAUCUAGAUUGUAAUCCUGGGAUAUGUCCCGAAUUAUCAAUAGAAGAAGGUGCUGGUGUAUGUGCUCAUGUAGAUGAAAUUCCGUUCGUUUUUGGAACUGUCAGUUCCUAUAAUUCAAUGAAUUUCCACAACUGUACAUGGGAUAGUCAAACACGAAGUUUUUCAAAUAAAAUCAUUUCACAUUGGAUCAGUAUGGCUCGAAAUGGAGAACCGUUACAAUCAUGGCCACAGUAUUCUCCAACAGCAAAAAAAUAUUUUCAAAUUACACCCUAUCAUGACUUUUCACCUGAACCAUGGUAUCGAGACUGUUCUUUAUUUGAUCAACUUGAAGAUGAACAAAUACGUAUUAUGUUUCCCAUAACUAAGUAG